AUGCCGAGCCUCGAAGCAGGCGACUCACCCUUCACGCACGCCAGCAACAAACUAUCCCUCACCAAACCCCCGCGACUCCUCAUCAUCGGGGCCGGAAGCCGCGGCGCCGCCUACGCUGACGCCACAUUACUGUGCUCCAACGCCAUCAUCGCCGCAGUAUGCGAGCCCAACGACUUCAAGCGUGCCGAGUUUGGGCGAAGGUACAUGUGGGGACCUGAUGGCGAAGCCACUCCUUCUCAGAGUUUUAGAGAUUGGAGGGAGUGGAAAGAGUAUGAGAUGCAGCGACGGGAGCGAGAGAGGAAUGGUGAAGCGAAUGUGAGUAAGGGGGUUGAUGCGGUGUUUGUUUGCGUCUUAGAUGAAUUGCAUGAAGAGGUUGUGUGCGGGAUUGCGGAUAUGGGGUUGCAUAUUUGCUGUGAGAAGCCCAUGAGUACGAGUUUGGAGAGUUGCGUUAAGAUGUAUCAGGCACUUUCCAAAGGUGCGAGAGAGGGGAGAGAAACGAUUUUUGGGAUUUGCCAUGUGUUGAGGUAUUCGCAGCAUAAUAUGUUGCUGAGGCAUUUGGUGCUGGAUGAGGAGGUUAUUGGGGAUGUGGUGAGUGUGGAGCAUGUUGAGCCGAUUGGGUGGUGGCACUUUAGUCACAGUUAUGUGAGGGGCAACUGGAGGAAAGAGUCCAAGACUGCGCCUUCCUUGCUUACAAAGUCAUGUCACGAUAUUGACUUUUUGAUGUGGAUGCUGUGUUCCCCCGGUGCCAAGGCAAAAGACGCGGUGCCUCAUCUUCCUUCGUACGUCACUUCGACUGGAUCACUCAAGUUCUUCCGCAAAGACCGGAAGCCAAAGGCUGCUGGAUCAGCGACCAACUGUCUAUCCUGUGCGCACGAGCCAAACUGCGACUGGAGUGCAAAGAAAAUUUACCUCGAGGGGCAUUUGAACAAUGGCAAUGCAGAUUGGCCGGUCAAGGUUGUCAACCCGGAAAUCGAAGACAUGUUCAAGACGGCUGGGAAAGAGGUUGCUGGCAAGGCACUGCUCAAGAGCCUGGCCGAGGACUACACCGCUGAUACUCCGGCCAGCAAAGUGGACGAACGGUCGUGGUUUGGUCGGUGUGUGUGGGAGUCGAGCAAUGACGUAUGCGACGACCAGUGCGUGACGAUCACAUGGGACGAUGACCCGAUAGCAAAGGAUGAAGAGGGUCUGCCCAUACUGCGUGGCCGCGGUGCAAAGACGGCGCAAUUCCACAUGGUAGCGUUCACGGAGAAGCAGUGCGAGCGACGUGGCCGCAUAUACGGCACCGAGGGCGAGAUUGAGUAUGACAGCAGAGAAAUCAAGGUGUACAAGUUUGGCAGUGGACAGACAAAGGUGCACAACCCAUAUGUGGCAGGUGGUGGUCACGGGGGCGGAGACGAAGGACUUGCGCGGCAGUUUUUGCUGGCAGUUGACGCUGUGGAUUCAGGCGCCAUGGCCGCGGCAGACGCUCAGCGUCGAUACCUCGGGUGCGACUUGAAUGAGGCUUUCCGCAGCCAUGCCAUGGUUUUUGCGGCUGAAGAGGCCCGAACGAAGCGCCAGGUGGUGGAGUGGAAGAGGUGGUGGGCUGACCGGGUGGGGUCGCACUUGGACCAGCGGUAA